ACAACGCGGUAUCCGGUCCAUCUGACAUAGAUACUAUGACGACUGUCACGCCGUGGCGUACAUUAUCGACGCGCAAGACCGAGAGAGGCUGGGAAGUCUUUACUAAUCCUCUUCUCCCCCAAAUCUUCGACACGUCCCUUCUCCUUACCAACAAACAAGAUUCCCUCGAAAGCCUCUCAGUGAUAGAGAUUAGACAGAAAUAUGAAGAAUGGGAUUUAAGGAGGGAGAGCGCGCGGAGGUGGUUUGGCGAUGGUGAAGAUAUGGAGAUGGAGAGGAAACAGCUGAGGGUUGCGAAUUUGGAUGUUUUGGGCGUUUCGAGGCUUCAUGGUGGAUGUUGCGUACAUUGCGUUCGGAUCGCCGGAUUCUUUGAAACCAUACUACAAAGCUGACGGUGUACUAUGUCUCUCUCCUGCCGAUUGCAACACCUGAAAUGCGGUGCUAACGGCUUACAUACCAACUAGCUGUUCAUCGACGUGUAAGUUAAUAAAUCUUGCGGGGGACGAUGUGAAAGCGUGGUUUCUGUUCGAGAUUCGAUGUCAUUUGUUGACCGUGCCGCCAAUAUCAUCGCAUGCGAAGUUGACAGUAAUAAUAGCACAACGCUAAGCCAAUCGCCCGAACAGUAGAGCCUUUGAUCAACACGCCAAUGGACCUCUCUCGCCGCAUCAUGUCGGACUAGUUAUAUCUGGGAGAAUACUACUAAGGGGUCUGGACUCUUCAUCGACGAUCGUGAUCGGUU